AAUAAUAACACCGAAUAAAAGUCUCUUCGUAAGAUAUAUGCGGAAGUUUCACAAGAAUGGAAAAUGGCAGGACUCAGUUUCCAUUUCCCUACCAACCCUAUAACAUCCAGGAGCAAUUUAUGCAAGCCCUGUACAGUGCACUUGACCAAGGCAAAGUUGGCAUCUUUGAAAGUCCUACUGGCACGGGGAAAUCACUGAGUCUGAUAUGUGGCGCGCUCAGCUGGCUCACAGAUUACAAUGAGAAGAAGAGGCAGGAGGCUGCUGCUCUGCUGCAGGAAGGAGAAGCAGCUCUUUCCACUUCUGCUGCUCAGUCCUCCACCACCAGCUCAUCAGCAGAACCGGACUGGAUCACCGACUUUGUUCAAAAAAAGGCUGAGCGGGAUUUGCUGUCAAAGUUGAAGGAGGAUGAAUUGAAAAGAAAGAAGAGGGAAGAACGGCUAGAAAUGAUCAGAAACAAUGUUCAACUGAAGUAUGCACUUAAAAGAAAGAGCUGUGAAGAGGAUGAGGCAUUCAAAUUGCUUCAGCUCAGUAAAGAGGAAAAGGCUGAGGCACCAGGAGAUCAAGAAGAUGAAGAGCUUAUCAUUGCAGAAUAUGAGAGUGAUGAUGAGACAAAGAGCAAAAGCAGAUUCCUUGGAGCUGAGGAUGAUGAAGACGAUGAACUUGUUGAAGAGCAUGUUACGAAGAUUUACUACUGCAGUCGCACUCACUCCCAGCUGGCCCAGUUUGUACAUGAGGUUCAAAAGAGCCCCUUCAGUAAGGACAUCAGUCUGGUCACACUGGGCUCACGGCAGAAUCUGUGCAUCAACGAAGAGGUGCGACGCCUUGGCAGCAUCCAGCGCAUUAAUGACCGCUGCAUGGAAAUGCAAAAAAACAAGCACGAAAAGCAGCACCAUGAUGAGGGCGUAAAGCGCAAAAGAGGCCCAGCAAAGAGUGUGUGUCCUUAUUAUAAAGCGUCAGCAAUGCAUCAGAUGAGGGAUGAAGUUCUGGGGGCUGUCCAUGACAUAGAGCAGCUGCUGAAGCUGGGCAAGGAAACACAUUCAUGCCCUUAUUACACCUCACGCCUCGCUGUUCCCCCUGCACAGUUGGUGGUGUUGCCCUAUCAGAUGGUGCUUCAUGAAGCUACAAGAAGGGCAGCAGGGGUCCAGCUGAAGGGACAGGUCGUGAUUAUAGACGAAGCUCACAAUCUCAGUGACACUCUCUCCUGUAUACACAGUGCAGAGCUCACUGGAGCACAGCUGUGCCGUGCCCAGUCCCAGCUCACCCAGUAUGCUGACCGCUACAAGAGCAGACUGAAGGCAAAAAACCUGAUGUACAUCAAACAAAUUCUGUUUGUGAUUGAGGGACUUGUUCGGGCCCUGGGAGGUAAAGUGGGGCAGAAUCCACAGAGCCAGACGACACAAGCAGGAACAGAGAUGCUUACCAUUAACAACUUCCUCUUCAAGGCUCAGAUUGACAACAUCAAUUUGUUUAAGUUACAACGAUACUUUGAGAAGAGCAUGAUCAGCAGAAAGCUGGGUGGCUUUGUAGAGAAGUACGCAGGCUCAGGUGUGAUUCUGCACACCCAGAGCAGCUCCAACAAGGAGAACCGACGCACAGAAGGCUUAAAUCGCUACCUUCAGAACCUACAGAGCAACCAGAGCUCUGCACCAGUUCCUUCAGCAGACCAGCAGGGGUCUGUAGAGUCAGAGAAAGUGCUGUCUGCAUCUCCCAUGAUGCAGGUGGAGGGUUUCUUCAUGGCCCUCACUAACAGUAACACCGAUGGCAGAGUGGUGGUGCACAGACAAGGCACUUUGUCCGAAAGCAGCGUCAAGUUCCUUCUGUUGAAUCCAGCAGUCCACUUUGCUCAGGUGUUGAAGGAGUGCAGAGCCGUCAUCAUUGCAGGAGGAACCAUGCAGCCCGUUUCAGACUUCAAACAAGAGCUACUCUUUUCUGCCGGAGUGGGAGAGGAGCGCAUCACUGAGUUUUCCUGUGGCCAUGUGAUUCCUCCCGAGAACAUUCUUCCCCUCGUCUUGUGCAGUGGACCAUCUGGUCAGGAGCUGGAUUUUACUUUCCAAAACAGAGACUCUCCUCGCAUGAUGGACGAGACUGGGCGCAUUCUCUCCAACAUUUGUAACGUGGUCCCCGGUGGAGUUGUGUGUUUCUUCCCCUCCUAUGAAUACUCCAGACGGAUUAUUUCUCACUGGGAGGCCAGCGGUGCGCUUGCACGAUUGGCUAAUAAGAAGAAGAUCUUCCAGGAGCCAAAGAAGGCCAACCAGGUGGAGCAGGUGCUGAGCGAGUUUACCCGAUGUAUCCAGAGGUGUGCUCAGGAUGGUGGUGGACUCACUGGAGCGUUACUGUUUUCUGUAGUUGGGGGAAAGAUGAGUGAAGGAAUCAAUUUUUCCGAUGACCUCGGCAGGUGUGUGGUGAUGGUGGGAAUGCCAUAUCCUAACAUCAAAUCCCCAGAACUGCAGGAAAAGAUGUCCUAUCUGGACAAACACCUGCCUCACAGUCAAGGGAGGAACCCUGGACAAGCUCUCAUAGAAAACCUCUGCAUGAAAGCGGUCAAUCAGUCAAUAGGAAGAGCUAUCCGUCAUCGUGGGGACUAUUCCUCAAUCGUGUUAUGCGACAGACGUUACUCUCGGCCCGCUACGCUCUCUAAACUCCCCACAUGGAUCAAAGAUCGCACCGGCACACACAAGACGUUUGGCCCUGCUUUUGCUGCCUUGCGGAAGUUCUUCGUGGAAAAGAAGCAGAAGCAACUGUAGUUUCUCUCCCAAAGGGCUCGACUGACAUCUCCCAAGUGCUCAACAUUAAACUUUAACGCCCCAAGAGACCCAGGUCGGGAAGAAUUUGGGGGAAAAUUGAAGUGCAACAGCAGAGGAAUUGAAUGUGCUCUCAUAAAAAUACUGUCAGAAAUGUAAAAAGUUCACAAUCACAGCCUUUUCAUAGUUGCAUUAUAUUUACAUUCUGAAACAUUUUGCACCCUUGUGAGUGCUGCUGGUUCAACCAUCAACCAGGACGGCAGUUUUUCCACGCUUCAUUUCACAUUCCACCUUUUUAGAUGCUCCCUGCAUCUUGUUCUGUUUUGGCCUGGUAACAUAUCUGAUGAGUGUCUGAUAGCACACUGCAAAGACUGAAGAGGCAUUGUUUUCAGUCUGGAUGACGGAAAAAGAAAAUAGCUUCUCAUCUAUUUUUAAACGCAGUAUGUUGAAAUGCAUUACCGAAAGAGCUACUACACAAGAUAUCAGGCACAGCACUGGUGUAGGCAUACAUGUGACCGAUUUACUCUCGGAGUUUUGAAUAUUUAAAGAAUUUCACUGGCAAGUCUCAUGUGAUGCAAAAGCUCACUUGUUCAUCAGUUCCAUCAUCUCAAUGAGUGUUCUAAUGAUCCGUUGUAUCUAAUGAUAAGCUUGCUUAAUGUUAUAAAAACAGUUUUAACAAUGGAUGAAUGUCAUCAUCAAUAAAUGGUUUUAUUAU